CACCUGGUGACCAAUGAAGAAGUGAUCGCUAGAACCAAUGGCUGCGAGCCUCUCAUGGUAGCAGGAAGAGACAGUCUAUGCACACAGAGGCCGCCCGGGAGCUGGGAUGGGGAAGAGUGUGUUUGUCACUGUGGGGACCACCAGCUUUGAUGAGCUCAUCUCCUGCGUGUCCGCCGAACGCUGUACAAGUAUCCUCAAAGAACUUGGAUACAACAGAAUGAUUCUUCAGAUCGGAAGAGGAACAGUGGAGCCAGAGCCAUACAGUACUCCUAAUUUUAGUAUGGAUGUUUUCAGAUACAAAGAUUCCCUUGUCCAAGACAUUAGGAAUGCAGAUUUAGUUAUAAGCCAUGCAGGUGCAGGAAGCUGCCUAGAAACACUUGAAGAAAAAAAACAUCUAAUUGUUGUGAUUAAUGAAAAACUGAUGUCCAACCAUCAGCUUGAACUGGCCAAGCAAUUGCAUAAGGAUGGACAUUUGUAUUACUGCACAUGCAGUACCCUGGGGAACACGCUAAAGUCCAUGGAUCUUUCAUCUCUGAAAGUUUUUCCACCAGGUCAACCUGAAAAGUUUGCUGAAUUUUUAGAUAAAGCAGUGGGGUUUACAUAUCAGCUGGCCAUGACCUGUGAAUCCCGCUGGGAGCUGGCCAUGACCUGUGAAUCCCGCUGGGAGCUGGCCAUGGUAUGUGAAUCCCGCUGGGAGCUGGCUAUGGCCUGUGAAUCCCGCUGGGAGCUGGCCAUGGCCUGUGAAUCCCGCUGGGAGCUGGCCAUGGCCUGUGAAUCCUGCUGGGAGCUGGCCAUGGCAUGUGAAUCCUGCUGGGAGCUGGCCGUGGAUCUGUGGGUCCUGCUGGCCAGAGAGUCGGACUAUUUAAAGGGCGCUGAGGCAGCGGCCGCCUCCACUCAGGUGGCCGUGUAUUGUAGCGCGGCGUGGGGCUCGGGAACGCUCGCAGCCAUGCACAAGGGCUGGAAGAAAUACUUCGGCCAGAAGUCUCUCAAUGAAGUCACCAUGGACGAGUAUCUGGGCAGCCUGGGACUGUACAGGAAACUCACCGCCAAGGACGCCUCCUGCCUCUUCAGAACCGUGUCCGAGCAGCUCUUCUACUGCCAGAUUCACAACAAUGAGAUUCGGAAAAUAUGUGUAGCUUUUAUGAGGAAGAAUGAAAAGCUAUUUGAAUCUUAUGUGGAAGGUCCUUUUGAAAAAUACCUGGAGCGGUUAGAAGACCCCAAGGAGAGUGCUGGUCAACUUGAAAUAACUGCCCUUUCAUUGAUCUUUAAUCAGAACUUUAUUUUGUAUAAAAGCCCUGGAAAACCACCUACAUAUGCCACUGAUCUUAACUGUGAUGGAAAGAUAAUGUUGUGUUGUUCCACCAAUGGUCACUAUGACUCUGUGUUUACGAAAAACUUUCAAACAACUGCUGCAAUUUGCCAAGCUGUUCUCUAUGAGUGCCUAUACAGAGAUGUUUUUGGGGUAGACGAGCGAGAGCUGAUCGCAGCUGUUGAGCUUUUUCGAAGUGGCACAAAAAAGAAUCGUAACAGUGCAUCUACUGGCAGUGAAGAUGCCAAUUUUGAUUGUAUAUCGGAACAUAAAGUGUUGACUGAAAUCAGGACUGAAGAGUGGGAAAAGAAAGGUGGGGAGAUUUCAGCAGAGGAGAAAUCAAAGGGCAGUGCAGAAGAAGUGAAGACCACAGAAAAUCCUAACAAGAUGCCUUUUCCAUAUAAAGUGUUAAAAGCUCUUGACCCAGAAAUCUACAGGAAUGUAGAAUUUGAUGUCUGGCUAGAUAGCCGAAAAGAGCUACAGAAAACUGAAUAUAUGGUUUUUGCAGGAAGGCAAUACUGUUUGGGUGACAAAUGUCAGGUACGCUUAGAGCCUGGUGGACGAUAUUAUAAUGCCCAUAUCCAAGAAGUUGGACAUGACAGCAACUCUGUAACUGUGUUUAUCGAAGAGCUUGCAGAGAAGCAUGUUGUCCCACUUGCUCAUUUAAAACCAGUGACCCAGGUGAUUCCAGUCCCUGCCUGGAAUUCAUCCACUAAUAGGAAAAGUGCAAGCUACCAGAAAAUACCUGCAGGUUACAACAGUGAUCUAGAGCUUGAUCUGAAAUCUCGGAAAAGACUAUUCAAAAAAGUAUGUGAAAAAAAGGCUUCAGCAAAUAUAACAUCUUAUGAACACUUUCAACCUCUCCAAUCUCCGCGCCGUCAAAGCCGAGGAUUUGGCAUAUCAAAGUCUUCACCUCGAUAUAUUAACAGACAUGCCAUGAUAAACCCAGAGAUUCCUUUUUACCACAGUCCAGGGAAGAGGUGCUACCAGAACUUUGAUAAUUAUACCUAUCGGACCCGGUCAUAUACACGGAGCCGCAGGCAGAUGCCUUGUGUAAAUAAAGAAUGCCAGUUUGGCUAUGUGUCUGACAGAGAUGAAGAACAGCGAGGCUUGGACGACUCUAUUACUUAUUAUGAGAUUGAGGAGGGAGAUGAUGCUAACUUUCCAACUUUGCCUAAUCAAACUAGCACAAUAGUUCCUGCUACAGGUUUUUGGGUUGCAAGGAGCAGUCCCAACCCUAUUGGCCAUGGCAAACCAAAUCUGAAUUCGUCUGAAGAUGAGAUUGAUGAGCCAAGUGACAAUGGAGAAUAUCAUGGAGAUUUCAUUUAUACUCCAGAUGGUGCAUUUGAGAGCUCCUCUUUGUAUAGUGUGACGGAAUCCACUCAAAAUCUGUCCAUUCAGGAUGAUAUGGUCCGAGCUGUACCUUCUCAAGAUGACAUAUCCUCAUAUAAGUAUUCAGAACAGGUGACCUCUGUCAUUUCUACCUCGUGUGUAAAUGCUACACCAGCAACCGUAAUCUCUUCAAGCCCUUCUGUUUCAUCCACUGUAACAUCCACCGUCCUGCCACAGACUGCUGUACAGCCAAUGAUUAUGUCUCAACCUCCCACUGGAAGACCAGCUCCCCCUGGAUCUGGUGAGAUAGGAGACUGCACAGUUCCUCUUCCACCUCCUCCUUAUUCCUGUGACCCAAAUGGAAACGAUCUACCAAGAGACACAAAAGUAUUGCAGUAUUACUUUAACCUAGGAUUACAAUGUUAUCAUCAGAGCUUUUGGCAUUCCAUGGUCUAUGUGCAGCCUGUCUCAACUCCACCACACAUUGAAUCAUAUCAGAGCUUCCCAGAACCUGUUCCUGUAGUUGACCAAUCUGUGAUAACAGUGUGCAAUGAAAACAGGCCACAGACACUGGAAUCUGGUGGACCAUUUCCUAAUGUGGAAUCUCUACCUCCUCCACCUGGACCAGUAUAUUACCCUUUUAUGCCUGAUCCAUAUAACCAGCCUCCUUUACCUGGUUUUGACUCGUGCAUGCCUUUUGUGCCUACAUAUCACUAUGUAGGACCAUGGCAUCCUAUAAGCCCACCUUAUAGCAAUUCCCCUCGGAUACAUAAUACAGUAAACCCUGGUCACAUUCACCAAGUAAGCUACUUGGCUGCACCGACUCCACCUGCACACUUUGUUUCCCAAACAAUAUGAGGAAUAAUGGAUGUCAUUGGUUUUGAGUAUUUCUGGUUUCAAAACUGUAGCUGAUUCUUCUACUGCGGACCAGAAAAAGGUUAUGUCGUACACUUUAGCCUUUGGACUAAAUUGUUGGAAAGAGCUGGAUUUAGAAUAAAUGCAACCUCCAUUUUUACUGUGAAGAACUAAAUGAAAGUUCUUAGUUUAAUGGCUUUUUGUUUUACUUCAAUAGCCAACUUCAAUAACCAUCACCAUUAAGAUUCCAAACCUGUUUCUUAACAAUAUCCUGCAACUGUUGAUGGCCCUCAGAUUCAGUACUCUAAAAAGGACUUUCUAUCUUGGCAUGUCUGCAUCAACGCUCCUCAUCGAACAGGACAUGAGAGUUCACCAGUUGAUAAUUCACAGCAUUACUUGCUCCAUAUGCAAACUGUUGUGCAGAAUUCCAAAACAAAGUUGGAUACAAUUUCUAAAACUCAAAACUGCAAUAGUAUAAUUUAAACUUUUUCUUUUACCUCUCUGCAUUAUAGUACUAAAGCAAUGCUUGUCAACAUGUGUAUUACCAUUCAACGGGUGUGUUUUGUUUGUGGUUUCUGUUUUGUUAUGUGGGUAUUUAUGUAAUUGGUGUAUCACAAUUGCACUAAAGGUGAUUCUAAUUGGUGUUCUUUCACUAGCACAAUAAAUAAGUAAGCAUAAAAACCU